UCAUAGGCCGCCGCCGCCGCCGCCGCCUCAGCUAUGGCGGAAGUUCAUAGACGUCAGCAUGCCCGGGUUAAAGGAGAAGCCCCCGCGAAAUCCUCCACACACAGACAUGAGGAAGAGCUGGGGAUGGCGUCGGCCGAAACGCUGACCGUGUUCCUGAAGCUGCUGGCCGCCGGGUUUUACGGCGUGAGCUCUUUCCUGAUCGUGGUGGUCAACAAGAGCGUGCUCACCAAUUACAGAUUUCCCUCCUCACUAUGUGUUGGACUUGGCCAGAUGGUGGCCACAGUGGCAGUUCUCUGGGUGGGAAAAGCGCUCAGAGUAGUCAAGUUUCCUGACCUUGACAGAAAUGUACCUCGAAAGACGUUUCCACUACCUCUACUAUAUUUUGGGAACCAAAUCACGGGACUGUUCAGCACAAAGAAACUGAACUUGCCAAUGUUUACAGUUCUGAGAAGGUUCUCCAUCCUGUUUACAAUGUUUGCUGAAGGAGUUUUACUCAAGAAAACUUUUUCUUGGGGUAUUAAGAUGACUGUAUUUGCAAUGAUUAUUGGAGCCUUUGUAGCUGCCAGCUCUGACUUGGCCUUUGAUCUGGAAGGAUAUGUUUUUAUUCUGAUAAAUGAUGUCCUGACAGCAGCAAAUGGUGCAUACGUAAAACAAAAAUUAGAUUCAAAAGAGCUGGGAAAAUAUGGUCUGCUCUAUUACAAUGCACUGUUCAUGAUUCUGCCCACCCUGGCCAUUGCAUUUUUCACAGGAGAUGCACAAAAGGCAAUGGAUUUUGAAGGCUGGGCUGAUACCCUCUUUCUUUUGCAGUUCACCCUCUCCUGUGUGAUGGGGUUUAUCUUGAUGUAUGCCACAGUACUUUGCACUCAGUAUAAUUCUGCUCUUACAACUACAAUAGUUGGCUGUAUUAAGAAUAUACUAAUAACUUAUAUUGGAAUGGUCUUUGGUGGAGAUUAUAUUUUCACAUGGACAAACUUCAUUGGCUUAAAUAUCAGUAUUGCUGGGAGCCUGGUGUAUUCCUACAUCACUUUCUCUGAAGAACAGCUGAGCAAACAGUCAGAGGCCAGUAACAAGCUGGACAUUAAAGGGAAAGGAGCAGUAUGAUCAGGGGAUUGCUUCUGUUAUAUAGGCCAUGUUUUCCUUCAGCAUGGAGCACUGGCAGUUCUCACAGAUACUGAGUGUCUUGAUCAUGGAGAAAAUACCAUUCCUUUGCACUUACACAAUCUGAGGAUUGAUUGCUGCCUUUUAAAAUUUUAUGAGAGAAACUUGUAAUUGACUUUUUUAAAUGUGCCGUUUGAAUUAAUUUAUAUCAGACUGGAAAAUGUACCAGGAUUUUUUAUUUAUUUUUCUUCUGCCGACAGUGAAACAUCAUUGUUUUGAAAAUAUUUUAUUCCAUUGUUUGCUAUCCAGGUGUCCCUGAGAGCUGUAUAUGUGAAGUGCUCCAGCUGGAGCUCAUCAUUCAAAUCGUUGGCUGCAUCUGAGGGCAGUGUAGCCUCUCUGCUGGAAAUGCAGCCAAGCAUUUGAAAUUUCUCUUCUUUCAAUUUUAUUUCUCUAAAAUGAUAUUUUCUUCAUGUUGAUAGCUUCACUGCAUUUGCGAAAGUUGACUUUGUUGGAGCUUAAAAGAAAUACAUGGGGACUUCAAAUUGCUUUAAUUUUUAUUUGGCUUGCCUGAGAACUCACCAGAUGAAGGGUCAUUCCUUAAAAAUCUACUGUUCCCUUUAUUGUGUAGGAUGAGUAUAUGAUGAAGGGGUGGAGAAAUAGGCCUUUAAUCAUUUAUUUGUAUGAUUCACUCAUUCAGUUUAAAUUAUUUAAUAUGCAAUAUGUGCCAGACAUUGUGCUAAGUGCAUGGGAUACAUAGCUAUUUUUGGAGGUAGUUGAAUAACCUCAUUCCUGCUACAGUGAUUGAAAGCAGGAGAGAACUAAGCUCUGUUGAUCCAUUUAGAAGAUGUUGAGACUAUAAACAAGUCACAGAAACUGCUUUUACAACUCUCUGAAACUAAGUUAUUGUAAAUGAGAUUAGACGCACCUGCCCUACCUACUCUGCAGUGCCGGGUCCAAAUGCAACCGCGUGAUUGAUUAAAUCAUUGUGAAGAGCUGCCUUUUGAAAACCAUACAGCUCAGCUCUUCUCUGAGAAAUGGCAGCAGGUAAGGUGACUACUGUUUGUUUCCCCAUGCUUCCCUCUUCUGGGGAUUUGGUUGCUAUUCUUUUUACUCAGUUUGACUAAGUGUGACCUUUUAGAAUGUAUUGGUUUGGGGAGAAAGGCAGGUUACAUGUUUCUGCAUUGUCAAGGCCUGGUCUUGCGAUCACCACCUAUAAGGGCAUAACAAUUACUGUGGAUACUUCCACCUACAUGCCAUCUUGGUUCACUUAAUUAGCAUACUAGCUUCUCUCAAGAUCAUGCUGCAUGGGAGAACUGCUGAGGAUGGGCAUUGCCUGAAUUGCCUCUUUGGGAAGGAGUCAGGCUAUUAAAUUCAAACCGUCCUGUGAUUGGUUGGACAUCUAUUUUAUGUGGAUAUUGUUUGGUUUGGAAUCCACUGGGGUCUGUUGCCUAAACAAUUAGUAUUUAGUGUUUCAACAGGGGACAGAGAAUGUUUUCUUUUUGAAGAUUUACAUUGAGGUCAUUUUUAUAAUUCAUGACUUUCCAUUAUUUUGGUUUAUUUUUUAUUAGAGUCUGACCAGUGAUGCUGGGUCAUUAGAAUUAGCCUCAUGGCCCAUAGUUAUCAGCUCUAUCUAAGAGGUCCUGAGUCACUCUUUUCUCUUAAACACCUGAGAAAAUUCCAGUGGGAGGAUAGUGUGUCAGAUGGCUCUUACUGUCAGUUUUAUUGUUAAAAAAAACUAGACUCAGAGGAAGUAGGUGAAUUGCUAAUGAUUCAAAAUUCAUGUUUUUUCUGUUGAACCAUAACCAUGAACUGCCCUUCUCUAAUGGAAUGAAAAAAGGGGAUACUAGCUCUUUCAAGGAAGCCAAUGGUUGACUGCUUGGAGUCAGAGAGGAAUAGACUUGGCAAUUUAGGGAGCAAUUUGUGCUUUGUAAAUGCUAGAAGCAUAUUUAGCAUUUUCUUGAAAGAUGUGACUGCCUACUUCAUGGCCUCUGGAAAUGCUUAAUGGCUUGUGAUCACUGUACAUAGUUGUGGACAUUGUGUGAGGCAGGUGGUUCCAGCUAUUUUUUUUUUAAUAAUGUAAUAG